UACAAAUUGAUAGAAGACAUGAUGUAAUGAAGCAAUCAUUAAACAGUAAUAUGAUAAAUAUUAUCCAAAAUGUAUUAAUGGAUUUAAAUCCUUUUGUAGAUACUUAUAUAUCUGCAGGAAAUGAGGAUCUACAAGAUUCUUUGUAUUACAUUUUAAUACAUAAUAAGUAUGGUAAAGAUAUGAGACAAUAUAAUGCAUUAUCGGCUAAGAAAGUAGCUGCAAUUUGUUUUUCAGAUGAAACUAUGCAUGUAAGAGAUAUUCUUAUUGUAAGACAUGAUAACAAAUUAGAAAGAAUAUCUGAAUUACAUGCUCAAUACCCUGAAGCCUCUAAAAUCUCUGAAGCUGAAGCUGAAGCAAGUAGUACUUCUAUUAUUGACUUUGGUACUUUAUUAGAAAAAGAAUCACAAAGUCAAACAGGAUUAUCAACAAUUUUAGAAUCUGCAACUAUUAGAAGUUCAUCAA